ACUGGUCAGCUAGAGGAGAACAUCACGGAUACUACCAUUCGAAACCGUCUCUCGUCACUCAAACGAAACAUCAAGUUACUUACUGGUCGCCAGUAUAACUCAGCGGAGAACAAGGACCUGGAGAUUUUCAUCACGAAAGACCUUGCGCAAAACGGAAAGAUUGCAACAGGAGCUUAUACUAAGCCGGUAGCCCCUUUGCCAGUCGCUGAAGACUUGAUUCGGUUCAUGUGGGCAUGUGACGAAUAUCAAUUCACACAUCCACGCGCACGCCUGCAGCUGGCAUUCUCUGUCGUACUCAUGACUCUUCUGGGCAGUCGUCCUGGAGAGUUCAUUGAAUCGGCAGCCUGGAAGCACAGCAACGAAGGACUUCUAUACGGUGACAUAGAUCUCGUACGUUACCAGAAUGGCACGUACGUGGGCUUCCUUCUUCAUCUGCGGCUGCGGAAUCGGAAGGGACACCGAAACAACAAGAAACACUCACCUGUUAUGCUUCUAUACGAGGAAGCUUCCAUGCGAUCCAUGUGCCCAGUUACACAUUUUAUGGCGUUAGCUCUGGCAGAUGGGGUGUUCGAAGAAUGCACUUCGUUCCAAGACAUUGAAGCAAAGGAGCUGCCACCAGGCAGUUCGCUGUACAAAUAUCGCUACAAGUCAGAAGCGAAACAACGGCCUAUCCUUCGAAGCAUUCUCAGCGACGGCUCAGUUUCUGAAAACGGCAUCCUCACCUACGAAUGCUUCAACAACAUGCUCAAGGGGAUUGGUCAACGGGCUGGGUACGAAGACAGGUUAAGUGCAUACUGCUUUCGUCGGGCUUAUGCUAAAGCGGUUGAGAGUACGUAG